AAAGAAUAAAAGCUUUCUUUGAUGCGGUAUGCCAAGGCUUUCCAGCCAAAAGAACUUGAUGUGUUUCUCUCAAAUUUGCCAGCAUAUUCAGCAGAUGAAAUAGCAGAAAUAGCAAAGCAAACAAGAGGACAGGCUGGAAAUUCUAUAUGGCACAAUGCUAAGAAUGGACGCAUUACCGCCUCCAGGUUUUACUCAGUAUAUACCAAGGUGAACACUAUAAAGAGAAAACCCGAUGAACAUGUUUCAGUUUCAUCACUGUUGAAACAAAUAAUUGGAGGAGCAAAUUGUUCAGAUGACACCAAGCCUUGCCCCAAAGCCAUAAAACAUGGACAAGCCAUGGAACCCGCUGAAAGCAGCAUUACAUAAAGAUGAUGAAAGGAAACCAUACAAACUUUCAUGCGCAAGAUUGCGGGAUCUUUAUUCACCCGCAGCGUUCUUACAUUGGGGCUAGCCCAGAUAUGUUUUAAUAUCUUGCUCCUGUUGUGGAGAUGGGGUUCUCGAAGUUAAAUGUCCAAUUAUUGCUCCAUGCAAUGUAUGUUUACCAAAUAUAUAUAAAUGCAAAGGAAAGUGCCUUAAAUACUUGCAAUAUGUAGAUGGGUGUGCAAGUUUGAAAAAAAAAACACUGC